AUGGCAAAGUGGGCGGUCGAGCUGAGUGAAUAUGACAUCGAAUAUCAUUCUCGUCCAAGUUUGAAGUCACAGGUCUUAGCUGAUUUUAUCACUGAACUUUCUCCUAACCUCGGAGAUCCGACUCCCAAAGAGGAGCAUUGGACAAUGUUCGUCGAUGGUUCAUCAUCUCAUCAGGGAUCCGGCGUGGGGCUUAUUCUCCGAUCUCCUCAGGGCGAAGUGCUUGAAAAAGCAUUGAAGCUCAAUUUCAAAGCGUCAAAUAACGAAAUGGAGUACGAAGCCGUUCUCGCAGGACUUUGGUUAGCACGAGGACUCGGGGUGAAACAACUGCAAGUUUUCUGCGACUCCCAGCUGGUGGUCCCACGAAGUGAGAACACAUCGGCAGACGCUCUCGCAUCGUUGGCAAAUUGCCCGGAUCCAGAUUUGCAACGCACUAUUCCUGUCGAAUGCAUCGAGGCACCCAACAUCGAUCUAGCUAACCUAGUCUCCGUCAUCAAUGAUGAUUCGGUUCCAAUGGAAGUCGACGAACCAAUAGAAGACCUAACGGAUGUCACAACGCCACCCGAUGAUUGGCAAGUCGAGAUUAAGAUCUAUAUCUCCAAAGGAGUUGUCCCGCCGAAACGAUGGACAACUCGGCGUUUAAAAGCCGGAAGUGCUAGGUACAUUCUUUUGGAUGGAAAUUUAUACCGACGCAGUUGGUCCGGCGUAUUCCUUACCUGCGUUAGUCGCAAAGAAGCCGAACGAAUCAUGAUGGAAGUACACGAAGGUGACGGUGGUAACCACUCCGGCGGACGGAUGCUUGCUUUAAAGAUCAAGAAGGAUCGUCAUUACUGGCCAACCAUGAUUGCCGACUGCGAGGCCUUGGGCCAAUGCGACACGUCCCACAUGCCAACAUCAUGGGCCAAUGCGACACAAGCGCAGUCAUUCACUAAGAUCCAGUCUUUGGACGUGACAAAUUUCAUAUGGAAAAACAUCAUAUCUCGUCACGGACUUCCUUAUGAAAUCGUCACUGAUAAUGGGAACGGUCAAGCCGAGGUGACGAACAAAUCGAUCGUUGAUGGGCUGAAGAAACGACUCGGUCGGAGAAAAGGAGUGUGGGCAGAUCAUCUCGAUGGUGUAUUGUGGUCUUACCGAACAACCCCGCGGCGAUCUACAGGACAGUCCCCUCUCUCUCUGGCCUAUGGGAUUGAGGCGAUCGCCCCGGCAGAAGCAGGUGUCCCGGCACUUCGUCGAACCAUGAUGGUCGAUAAUCCCGACCUUAAUAACAACAUGCUGAUCGAUCACAUCGACUUUGCUGAAGAAUUACGCAACCAGGCUCUAGUCCGGAUCCAACACUACCAAGACACAGCAACUCGCAAUAGCACUAAGAGAACAAAUACUGAAAGGAAGAGAUUGCAUGGAGGAUUUGAUUCAAACCAGCUUGCUUCUGUUAAUGCCAAGCUGGAUUCAGUUCACAAUCGUUUGGGUCAGGGAUUCGGUAAUCAACAAAGCAACAAGCCUUACAGUGGGAACUUUUCAGGCUACACUCCUAAACCAGAUUACCAGAAACAGCAACAGAACAAUGGUUAUAUUAGAACAUAUGGGAACUCUUCUUAUCAUUCUCCUCCUCCACAGACUUCUUCUAAGAGCAGUUUCCCCGAAGGGUUCACGGUCGCCUUCAGGUAG